AUGGACGAUAUUCUUGACGCAUCCUACUACUUGGGCGGUAAAGCCGCCGAAGCCUCCAAAACAUUGGAUAUCGUCAUUGGCAGCGGCGACAUUGUCACCAUCGACGAGUUGCCCGAAGAUCCACAAGAGCUUAUAACGUUUUUGGAGGCAGAAUCAUGUGGUGUCAAGUACUGGGUUCUCGUGGCACAAGCAUAUGCGCUGGAUGGAAAACUUCAGGAAGCUGUCACCAUCGCUGAAAAAGGUGCCUCUCGGGACUUCAAAGGCAGUGAAAGAGACCAGCUUUUAGUGCUUUUGGCAUCGGCUCACUUCGAGUUUGUGAUACGAAGUGUUGAUAGAGCCCAGCAUCUUCAAAAAGCAGAAGAAAGUCUUGCCAAAGUUGAUGAUACCCACUCUGUUCCGGUACUCGUAUCUCAGGCUAUUCUUCAUAUGCACAAAGACGAGGUUGAAAGUGCCUUGCAAAUCUUUGACCGCUUGCUUAAGCUUGACUCCACAAAUUGUGUUGCUUUGCUUGGUAAAGCACACAUCACCCUCAGCAAAACACAGAGCUACACGAACGCGUUGAAAAUUUACCAACAGGUCUUGGUAUUAAACCCAUUGAUGAAACCAGAUCCAAGAAUUGGUAUUGGAUUGUGUUUCUGGUUCCUCAAGGAUCGGUCUAUGGCUAUUAAUUCGUGGACUCGUGCACUUGAGAUGGAUCAGAACAACUUCAAGGCUAAACUUCUCUUGACUUUAGCCAAAUUCGACAAUGUCUUUACAAACUCCCUUUCGGAUGAGCAGUUCAUUGAAAGCUAUAAGGAGAUCCUUCAGGAGACAUACAAGCUUCACCAGAUAGCUCCAAACGACAAGGUCAUCUUGAUGGUGCUUGCGUCAUACUUCUACUCCAAGGGUGACUACGACACGGUGGAAAGAAUUGUUAAUAGAGUCAUAACUUCAUGCUCAGACGAGAUGGCUGCAGCAAAGUCUUCGAAAUUGACACCCUUCACGUCAAAGAUACUCUCUCAAGGCUCUUUCUGGCUCGGCCGUGUGGCCUAUGCCAGGAAUGACUUCACCCAGGCACAGAAAUACUAUCACGAAGCUAUUAGAUUGGAUGAUAAGAAUCUUGUUGCUAAGCUAGGCUUGGGCCAGGCUCAGCUAAGUCGAGGAUCAUCGGAGGAAGCAAUCAUCACAUAUGAAUCCAUCGUCCGGACAAACGCCAAGAGUCUUGAGUUUCACUACGCGUUGGGUCUUUUGUAUGCUCAACUGAAAUCACGUUCGAAGCAUGAGCAAGCCAUUCAGAUGUUGGAGAGAUAUAUCAGAUUGUCUAGCAACCGUGGUUUGGCGGUUGCAAACAUGAAACAAGAUGAAGCUUAUCUUAAUAAAGAGCCUGUUGUAGUCAAUGCUUACUUGCAGUUGAGUCAACUUUAUCUGUCCAAGGACAUUUCUCAGUCCUUGUCAUACUUGAAUAAAGCCAUUGAGAGCAGGAAACAGAUUGGUCUGGAUGCCCCUUUGGAGGUGUACAACAAUAUCGGUGUGUUUAACUUUAUCAAGAACAAUGAGGCCGCCGCUAUGGAGAACUUCAAUAUCGCCCUCAAUAUGGUUCAUGACUACAAAAUCCCAGAAGACACGAUGGAUGAAAAAGCCGUCAGUCUACCACUGGACUUGAAAGCACCAAUCACAUACAACUUGGCAAGGUCCAAGGAACUGCUGAAUGAAGCCGAAGCCAUUGACAUUUAUAACAAGUUGCUCGAAGAGUGUCCAAACUACUUCUCGGCCAAGCUCAGGCUUCUCUUUUUAGACGCUGUCUCCACCAACAAGACGUCGAAGAAGGAACUCGAAGAAGAAAUAAAGGAGCUUCUACACAGCCAUGCCUCAAACUUGGAGGUUAGAUCGUUCUAUGGCUGGUUUAUCAAGACUUUUGGCAAAAAGAUUGGCCUCAAGCCAGAUGCUGACACGCAACAUCAAAAGGAAACGUUGGUGGACUAUGACUCGCAUGACUGCUACGCUUUGAUUUCUUUGGCCAAUAUUUACUGUGUAAUGGCUAGGGAAGUCAAGUCUUCGAAGGAAGAGGACAAGAGAAAGAAAUACUUUCUCAGAGCCAUCGACUUGUUCACUAAAGUGUUGUCAAUCGAUGCGAAGAAUGCAUUUGCUGCGCAAGGUUUGGCCAUAAUAUACAUUGAAAAUAAGGAACAGACAAAGGGCCUCGAUAUUUUGAGAAAGAUUCGUGAUUCCUUGAAUGACAUUUCGGUCUACUUGAACCUCGGACAUGUCUUGGUUGAGUUGAAGCAGUACUCUAAGGCAAUUGAAAGUUUUGAAAUCGCUUUUGUACGUUUCACGAACAGCUCUGAUCCAAAGAUUCUCUCAUUCUUGGGUCGUGCUUGGUACUUAAGAGGUCUUGCAGAGAAAAACUUAAGUUACUUGAAGAAGGGUCUUGAAUACUCCGAGGAGGCACUUGCUAAAUCUUCUACGAACAAGAGUGCAUUGUUAUUCAAUGUCGCUUUUGUCAAAUUUCAAAUUGCCGACUUCCUCAGCAAAUUGCCUGCAGAACAAAGGACAGUGGAAGAUAUCAACGAAGCCAUCGGCAACCUAAAUGAUGCAAUCGCUGACUUGAAUCACCUUGCCUCAGAAGAUGAGAAACAUCCGCCAUUCCCUAAAUCUGAGUUGAAGGCUAGAGCGAACAUGGGUACGAACACAUUGCUCAACAGAUUGAAUGUCUGCCUCGAGGAGACCAAGGAAAAUGUUUCCCAAUUGAAUAGCAAGCUUGAAAAAGCGAAGAGGUUGAGACAAGAAGAGGAACUCAAGAGAGCACAAGAAGAAGAGGAGAGACUAGCUGCUCUUAAAGCAAAGGAGGAGGAGUUGGCCAAAGAGCGUGCAAUCUUGCAAGAGCAAGCUCAACAGUGGGCCGAAGAGGCCAGGCAGAACCUCGUUGCUGAAUCUGAGGAUGACGAUAAAUUUUUGGAGGAAGAGAAAACUGAGGGAAAGAAGAAGAAGGGCAAGAAGGCACAGGCCAAUGGCAAGAAAAGUGGUAAGAAAGGAAGUAAGAAGAAGAAAGACUUUAUUAAUGACAGUGACGGUGUCGAGUCCCCACCUUCUGAAGACAAUGAGCCUGCGGAGCCAGUGUUGCCUUCUGGAGACGAGGAAGACGAAGCGCCUUCAACAAAGAAGACACAAAGGAAGAAGCGAACUGUUGCAGAUGAUGACGAUGAGAAUGACGAGGUCGACGGCGCUCCCGCUAAGAGAAGAAAACAGUUUAAGUCACAAGAGAUUGUUGAAGACUCUUCAGAAGACGAGGGCGGCGAAGGUCAAGGAGAUGAUGAUGGGUUGUUCUGA